AAUCAACGAAUUUGUGGAGCCAGUUUGCUCGCAUUUUCGGUAUUGGUUGCACGCGUUGUUUAAUUUUGUUCAUUUGGCGGUGUUUGACCACACAUACAUAUUAAAUCAAUCGAAUUUUCCUGCAAAUAGAAAUCUACUACAGCACAACGGCUGACAGGAAAUACAAAUCUGCAAGUGAAGUUGUUGCUAAGAAGAGACAAAACGUAAGCUACGAGUAGAAAAAGAUUACGUGCAAGUGCACCACCACCACCACAAUAAGCACUGGUUUAAUUCAGUUUGUCGGCCUAUCAGACAGUCAUAACGAUAGUGAAGAGAAGACGAGACUGUUAGUCAUCUACUGAGUGUGCAGUAAAACAGAAUCAAAUAGCAAAAACAAAAAAAGAACAGGAAUACAAUAAUAAUACAACAAUGGCAGUCAACGUAUACUCCACAAAUGUGACUACCGAAAAUUUAUCCAGACAUGAUAUGCUCGCUUGGGUAAACGAUUGUCUGCAAGCGCAAUUUGGUAAAAUUGAAGAGCUCUGCACUGGCGCUGCUUAUUGCCAGUUCAUGGAUAUGCUGUUUCCCGGCUCGGUACCAAUGAAAAGAGUCAAGUUCCGCACAAAUUUGGAACAUGAAUAUAUUCAGAAUUUUAAAAUCUUACAAGCUUCUUUCAAAAAGAUGGCCGUUGACAAGAUUAUACCAGUCGAUAAGUUGAUAAAGGGUCGUUUUCAAGACAAUUUUGAAUUUUUACAAUGGUUCAAAAAAUUCUUCGAUGCAAAUUACGAUGGGCGCGAGUAUGAGCCGCUAAUAGCACGUAGUGGUAUCAAACUGGGCAAUGGCAUUGGUGGUGGCGGCGGCAGUAGUGGCCGUGGCAGUAGCAACGAUUUACUCGAGAAACGACACAUAGUACAGAUGCCAAAUCGAACACACGCGCUACCGGCUGUAACUCAACGCACUACCGGUAGGCCGGACAGAGGUGGAGUCUCUAAAGUACCACCUCGCGCUGCACCAUCUGUCGUAACUAAGACAGUUGCCGUGAAUAAUACCACCGGUGCGGUCAAGAAGUCUGGCGAUGCCUCUAAUGCGGUAUCAAAUCAACAAAUUGAAGAAUUGUCCAAUCAGGUAAUGGAUAUGCGUUUAAACUUGGAAGGAUUGGAGAAAGAGAGAGAUUUCUAUUUCUCAAAAUUGCGUGACAUAGAAAUUCUCUGCCAAGAAGCUGCAGAAGGUGACCCGCAUCCUUUAAUACAGAAGAUUUUGGAUAUUAUGUAUGCGACCGAGGUAAAGCGCAACACUUCUGAUGGUUUUGCGCCUCCGGAUGAAAUUCCGCCCGAGGAUGAGGAGUAUUAAGAGCAACAACUCACAAGGAGGAUUGAUUACAGAACUGCAACAUAAACAGAAACAGAUACUGAGAAAAAAUAUUAUAAUAUACAAAAGAAGAUUAAAAAUAAUAAUACAAGAAUUUAAGCAUAAUAAACUAUGUUAAACAUGAUGGAUAAAUGUUGAAAAUAUUGAUGUACUCUCAAUGACAAUUUAGAAUGGAAAGUUAUGGCGCUACUGCUAUAAUCAAUGAAGCACUGAUGAAGCCAACAGAUAAGGCGAAGUAUAUUUUAAACUACACGCAAACAAUCUAACGAAAGAAAUUCAA